UGGCUACUUUAGUCCCAGCUGGGGGACUGGGAAUCCAGACUGCAUUGGGAGAUGAGGAGAAGCUGAGGAAGUGCUGGGUACCAGAGGCUGAAGCUCUGUGCUCCAUCAAUCCUCUUCAGGGGAGGACAAGGUUGAUCUCAAGGACAACCUGACAAAAGAGCUCUCCCUCAGCGUUCCUCUCAGGGCCUCAGCUCUUCCCUUGUCUGUUCCUGGCCAUGGACCGAUCCACACAAGAGCUCUUCCUCAAUUUCAUGAUCGUACUGAUAACAGUCCUCCUCAUGUGGCUUCUGGUGAAGUCUUACCAAGACUGAAAGACUCUCUCCUCUACCCCUUGGGCUUCACUGAGGGAUCUGUGUUUGGAGAAGGAUGCAAAUUCUACGAUAACAGGAACGCUCCAUUGUGAGCUCUAUGUCUUUGUGUGAAAAAAAUUGUAAUGUAUUUUUUUUUACUCUGAAAUACCUCUUGCCUAUAUUCAUCAAAAUAUUCAAAUGGAUCUAUGAUGAUGCCAAUUAUGUAAUUUAGCUACAAAGCAAUGAAAGCACAGUGUAUCCCAUGUCCCCAUCCUUCAUAAUCAAUGCAUGCAUCUCAUUUGGAGUCAUGAGGGUGACUACAAAGUACCUUUCAUGUCUGUCUGACUGUUUCCUGCCCCCUAUUGUAUAGCUUUCAUUGUUUGAGCUCCAUGUUUUCAGAUUUAUUUAGCUGAAAUGUGGAAACUCUUCAUUCACCCACUGCUGUCACCUGAAUAAAGAAUGGUGUAUGAUA